GGCUAAAGCGGAAGUGACGUCACGAGAAUCCGUAAAACCUUCUUCGCAGGCAGCUCAAAUAGACCAAUGCGGAGCGGGGUGAACCUGCCGCUGCUGCGAUGGGACGAGCACGGAGGACCGACAGCCUGUGCAGGAAUUCAGGCUGAGCUGCAUCUCACAGAGACAGAGAGAGGACUGUCGAUAUGUGACUGCCUACCCCCUCCAAGAAAGAGGCGGUUUUAUUUUUAUUUUUAUUUAUUUUUGAUUUCUUUCAACUCGCGGAUUAUUAUGACUCGUUUUUGAGAAUGGGUCCGUUGAAAUGGGCGCAGAAGUUGACCCGACCGUGUCCUUUGGAUGUUGCGGUGGAGCACCUCUGACCUCUCUGGAUGGGACGCUGCCCUCCGCUGCAGGCACGCGGGGAGAAUAACGGAAUCACCUCGAUUAACGCACAAUCGGUCUGCGCCGCCGCCACGAUUUCACUGGAAACGACCCACCUAAUCGUCAUAGUUUCCAUGCUUAUCUCCUCCUCCAGACCUCUGGACGCUGCUGUGGAUUGGGUUGCAGUUCAAUGCCAUGGGCUGCAUCCAGAGUAUCAGGUGUAAGCCCAAGAGUUUCCGAGAGAGUAUCACCGUCCUGGAGCUGAACGCGUCCAUCGACUCCAACCCCACCAUCAUCGACGAGGGAUCCGGCGUGGUUUUGCGCUACAGGACCCCUCACUUUCGGGCCACCGCACGCGUCCAGGUGCCGCCCCUGCCAGCCAAGGAGACAUGGACCAUCGGCUGGAUUCAGGCGUGUGACCACAUGGAGUUCUUCAAUACUUACGGGGACAAAGGGAUGUCAAGUUGGGAGCUUCCUGACCUUCGAGAUGGCAAAAUCCAGGCCAUCAGCGACUCGGAUGGAGUCAACUACCCGUGGUACGGCAACACGACAGAAACCUGCAUUGUGGUGGGCCCCACCAAGAAGGACAGCAAGUUCACUGUUAGUAUGAAUGACAAUUUCUACCCCAGUGUGACCUGGGGAGUGCCGGUCAGUGACAGCAAUGUGCCUAAGCUUAGCAGCAUCCACCGUGACCAGAGCUUUACCACUUGGUUGGUGGCCAUCAAUCAAGCCACCUCAGAAACACUGGUUUUAAAGACCAUCCGCUGGAGGAUGCGUCUUCACAUUCACGUGGAUCCAGAGAAGCCCCUGAGCCACAGGGCUGUCUUAAUGGAACCUGUGGCCCAGGAGCAGCCUCAAAUAUUAGGGAAGAAUGAGCCCAUCCCCCCGAACGCCAUGGUCAAGCCCAAUGCCAACGAUGCGCAGGUGCUGAUGUGGCGGCCAAAGAAUGGUGACCCCGUUGUGGUCAUCCCACCUAAAUACUGACCUGCUCCUCUGACCAGACUGGCCUUGGAUACCUCGACAGUAUCACCUUUUCCCAUUUCCUUGCGUAUUACCAGCUCCUCUUUUUAAAAUAAUUUACUCCUUUUUUUUUAUUCCUCUCAAGUUUUACAAUGAAACCAGCGUUGAAAAAAAAACAGACCAGUUGUUGCUUUUAAGGGGAAGAGGGGCUCAAAAAACUGCAAAUCUGGAGGGAAUCAGCUGCAACCAUUCUACCUUUACAGGUCGGGACUCACUGUGCUAAACUGCAUUUUGAACUUUUCAUUGAGGCUUUUUUGAGCCAAGUGAUUGUGAGUGUGGGGGGGUUUAACCUUCGUCCAGCUCUCGAUCACAUCUGCACAAUUAAAGCAGCUUUGACUUGUGGACUUGAAGAGUUGCGGAACAUGUUGAGUUUCAAUACUUUUUUUUUUACAAGCAUGCAAGACAUUCGAUCCAUGCUGCCUUAGGUUUACAUGGCUUUCCACUGCAAAUGUUUUUAGCCUUAAAAGCGAAAAAAAGCAUAACAAAAAACAGUGCAAUGCAGUAUCUGGUUAUUUUUUCCUGACUGUUGGUGCUGAUUUGUGGGUUUAGGACAAGGAAGGACAAGUCUCACUGAUAGUAGUUUAACUUACAAAGCUCCAGUGUAUGAAAACAGCUUUGCGAGUAAAUUAUGCAACAGAUGAGAGGCUCUUUUUGCAGAAAGUCACCUCACCGCCCAUCACUAGUGCUAAGCACAACAAACUAAAAAUGCAGUAAAAAGAUGAACUAAAGAGCACUCAUAUGUUGACCGGCUAUUAAAAAUUGCAUGCAUCAA